CCGCCGCCCCCUGUCCCAGCGGGGCUGCCGCUGCCGUCCCGGAGCCCCCUGACCCGCCGUCCCCUCCCCGCAGCGGCUCCCGCCGUGACGGCCGAGCUCGGAGCCCCGGCCCCGCAGCCCGGACGUGGCGGGGGGCUCGGCCCGGUGCCCCCUGCCCCCGCUGCUCGCCGGCCAUGGGCAGCCACGAGAAGGACCCGUGCUCCCCGAAAAGGGCCCUGUCCCGCUCCAACAGCACCGUGUCUUCCAAGCACAGCAGCGUCCAGCAGGGCUCGGAGAGCUGGGAGGUGGUGGAGGAGCCCCGUGCCCGGGGCAGCCCCGGGCAGCAGCCUCAGCGGCACGAGGGGUACCUGCUCAAGAAGAGGAAAUGGCCCCUGAAGGGCUGGCACAAGCGGUACUUCGUGCUGGAAAACGGGAUCCUGAAAUAUUCCACCACGCGCCAGGACGUCCUCAAGGGCAAGCUGCACGGUGCCAUCGAUGUCCGGCAGUCCGUCAUGUCCGUCAACAAGAAGGCUCAGAGGGUUGACCUGGACACAGAGGACAACAUUUAUCACCUCAAGAUCAAGUCCCCGGAGGUGUUCUCCAGCUGGGUGAGCAGCCUGUGCAGGCACCACCACGGCGAGCGGCCGGGGCCGUGUCCCCCCGGGGGUCCCACGGGGACCAGCACGCAGGGCCAGUGGACACGGAUCCUGCCCUCGGGCAGCGCCCCUGCCCUGUCCACGCUGGCCAGCCCCCGGGACAAGGUGAACGCCUGGCUGAAGGACAGCGAGGGGCUGGAGCGCUGCUCGGCCGAGCUGUCGGAGUGCCAGGCCAAGCUGCAGGAGCUGACGGGGAUGCUGCAGCACCUGGAGGCCCUGCACCGCAUCCCCUCGGCCCCGCUCAUCGCCGGCAGCCAGCCCUCAGCUGCCACGGAGAGGCCGAAGAAGGGCCGCAGGAGCACCAAGAUCUGGUGCACGCAGAGCUUCGCCAAGGACGACACCAUCGGCAGGGUGGGCCGCCUGCACGGCUCUGUCCCCAACCUGUCCCGCUACCUGGAGGCGUCGCAGAGCCAGCUGCCCUUCAGCGUGCCCCCGGAGUACAGCCAGCUGCAGCGCAGCUUCUGGGUGCUGGCCCAGAAAGUGCACGGCUCGCUGAGCAGCGUGGUGGCCGCGCUGGUGGCCGAGAGGACCCGUCUGGAGGAGAUGCGGCAGGCGCUGGACCGGCAGUGCCCGGCCCCACGGCCCGGCAGCGCGGGCACCGCGGGGCCCGCCCUGCGCCGCUUCCACUCCCUGUCCGUCUCCUCCGACACCACCCUGGACUCCUUUGCCUCGCUGCACCCGGACGAGCCGGACGCGCUGCCCGCCAAGGGCCGGGAGCAGCAGCUCUCCAACCGCAGCAUCGUCUCGCUGGCCGACUCCCACACCGAGUUCUUCGAUGCCUGCGAGGUUUUCCUCUCCGCCAGCUCCUCUGAGAACGAGCCCUCGGAGGACGAGUCGUGCAUCAGCGAGGUCACCAGCAGCGUCUGCGAGGAGGCCGCCGAGCCGGGGGGGCCGGGCCGCCCCCCGACAGGAGCGGAGCGCCCGGGGCUGCCGGCGGAGCCGCCGCCGCUGGAGCCGCCGCUGGAGCUGCCGGGGCCCGACCCGCGGCGGAGGAGCCGCCUGCCCGCGCCCCCCGCGCCCUCGGGGGACGUGAGCCUGUGGGGGCUCCUGCGGAGCAGCGUGGGCAAGGACCUGUCCCGCGUGGCGCUGCCCGUGCAGCUGAACGAGCCGCUGAACACCCUGCAGCGGCUCUGCGAGGAGCUGGAGUACAGCGAGCUGCUGGACAGGGCCAGCCGCGCCCGCGACCCCCGGCAGCGCCUGGUGUACGUGGCCGCCUUCGCCGUGUCCGCCUACGCCUCCACCUACUACCGGGCGGGCAGCAAGCCCUUCAACCCCGUGCUGGGUGAGACCUACGAGUGCGUGCGGCCCGACCGCGGCUUCCGCUUCAUCAGCGAGCAGGUGUCCCACCACCCCCCAAUCUCCGCCUGCCACGCUGAGUCCGACAACUUUGUCUUCUGGCAAGACAUGAGGUGGAAGAACAAAUUCUGGGGCAAAUCCCUGGAGAUCGUCCCCAUGGGCACCGUCAAUGUCCAGCUGCCCAGGACCGGGGACCACUACGAGUGGAACAAGGUGACCACGUGCAUCCACAACGUGCUGAGCGGGCCGCGCUGGAUCGAGCACUACGGGGAGGUGCUGAUCCGCAACACCCGCGACGCCUCCUUCCACUGCAAGCUCACCUUCUGCAAGGCCCGGUACUGGGGCGCGGGGGCCAACGAGGUGCAGGGCGCCGUGCUGAGCCGCAGCGGGACGGCCGUGGAGCGCCUGGCGGGCAAGUGGCACGAGGGGCUGCACCGCGGGCCCGCCCCGGGCCAGUGCGUCUGGAGAGCCAACCCCAUGCCUCGAGACCACGAGAGGAGCUACGGCUUCACGCAGUUCGCGCUGGAGCUGAACGAGCUGACGCCGGAGCUGCGCCGCGUGCUGCCCUCCACGGACACGCGCCUGCGGCCGGACCAGCAGGGCACCCCAAGGCUCAGGGGGGUGUGGGGCUCUCAGGAGGAUGCAGGGGUCUUAUGGGAUGGGGAGACCCUUCCCAGGAGUCUUGAGAGCACCCCGUGGCUCAGGGGAGUGUGGCACUUUCAGGGGGGUGUGGGGCUCUCAGGGAAGGGGGAAAGCCCCCCACGAGAGGCCUGA